AUGAGUCAAGAACAGCCUAGGAGGCCAGAAGAGAUGGAGCCAGUAAAAUAUGGCGAUGUUUUUGGUGUUUCCGGGGAGUUGGCCGACAAGCCCAUCGCGCCUCAAGAUGCCGCCAUGAUGCAGAGCGCCGAAACGGCGGUCCUGGGUCAGACGCAGAAAGGCGGUCCAGCCGCAGCUAUGCAGGCCGCGGCUAAAGUUAAUGUGAGGGCCGGUGUUGUGUCGCCUGAUGAUGUUAGCAGCCCUGCCGGCAACCAGGGUGUCACGGUCACGGAAACUGACGUCCCCGGGAGCAGAAUAAUCACUGAAUCUGUCGCCGGCCAGGUGGUUGGACAGUAUGUAGAAGCUAUGCCAUUACCCAACGAAGCAGGGGGAGGCAUUAUUGGCGCCCAAGCCGGUAUCACGAUUGGACAAGCGCUGGAAGCGUCAGCACAUGCACUUGGAAGCAAAGCGGUGGAUAGGAGCGACGCUGCGGCAAUACAGGCAGCUGAAGUUAGGGCUACUGGCACUAACGUCAUCACUCCCGGCGGUGUCGCUGCCACGGCUCAGUCCGCUGCUGCUUACAACGAAGGCCUCAUCCGAGACCAAGACAAAGUCAAACUUGGAAAUGUCUUGGCUGAUGCAACACAAAAGUUGCCCGCAGAUAAGAUCGCAACAAGGGAGGAUGCGGAAGGGGUGGCGAGCGCACAGCAAAGGAACAAUAUAAACAUGAGCAGCCCUCCCGGUGGUGUGGCCGCAUCCGUUGCCGCCGCGGCAAGACUCAACGAAAGGGGCCUGUGA